AUGGAGGGAGGCGAGGGUGGAGCAGGACCUGCUGGCCUGAGAUUCCUUCUCCAGUUCGAUCCGGCAAACCCCGGCCUCGACCGCACGCUGCUCGGCUUCUCGCUCUCCGCGCUCUUCAGCCGCCUUCUUGGAUGGAGUAAGGACGGCCAGCGGAGAGGAGGAGGAGGAUCCAUGGCGAUCGCGGCGGAUGGUGGGGACGACUCCGUAAACGCCGCCGUGUCCGCCGCCGCGCUUGCCGCUGCCGUUUCCCUCUGCCUUGCGGCGAUGUAUGCGUCUGAUCAGCGGCCUCGCCGCAGCCGGCUACCGGCGGCCGCUCUGCCUCCUCCGACUUCAGCUCCGCGGCCUCGUGCUCUUCGUGCUCUUCGUGAUGGGCUCAGGAUUCUGUCGUCAAACCCAGACGAUGAAUAUCCGGACAACGUGAUUCACGGCGCGUCGAUCGGCGCCGGAGACGACGAUGAGCCGGAUAUUGUCGCGCGAGUGGAGAUGGAGGCUAUGCCGGCCCCAGUAGUCGCCGUAGCAAAUGCGGACGACGAAACUGAGACAGAGCCGGACCAUCCGGAGGGCGAAGAAGAAGAAGAACGGCGGGAGCUCCAGCGGCUGAGGGAGCUGUGGCUGUCGCUGCUGGAGCGGGAGCAGAGGCUGGAGCUCCGUCUGCAGGAGCUCGAGGGCCUCCGGUCUCAGGAGGCCGAGGCCACCGUGCGGGAGCUCGAGAGCCGCGUCGCGACCGCCGACACGGAGACGCGGCUCUUGCAGGUCAAGGUCUCCACGCUGCAGGAGGACAACGGGAGGCUCAGGGCGCAGGUGGAGGAGCUCGACGCCGCCCGCGCCGAGCUGGCGCGCGCCAGGGAGAAGCUGCGCGCGGUCAAGGCGCGGGUGCAGGGCGAGCAGGAGGAGGCGGCGGCGCUCCGGGCGAGGGUGGCGGAGCUCGAGAGCAGCGGCGAGGAGAGGGCCGCCGCGCUGGCGGCGGAGGUCGCGGAGCUGCGGAAGGCGAACGCCGCGCUGGAGGAGGACAACAUGGAGCUCGCCCUCCGGCUGCAGGACGCGGAGCAGGCUGCGUCCGCCUCGGUUAAUCUGGUUCCUGAGAUGCAGGAGGGCAUGGUUGAGGAGAUGACGUAUCUGAGGGAGAGCAACGAGAGGCUGACGAGGCAGAUCGAGCAGGUGCGCAACGACCACUGCGCGCACGUCGAGGAGCUCGUCUACCUCAAGUGGGUCAACACCUGCCUCCGCCAUGAGCUCCUCCGUGACCAUGAUGGCGCCCACCCCACAGCCGAGCAACAGGGCCACGGCGCUGACAGCCGCCGCGUCGGCUCCAGAGACGACCUGUCAUCGGCCCUGGAGCUGAGCAGGAGCAUGAGCUUCCGGUCCAGCGAGAGGGCCAAGCAGCUCAUGCUGAGGUACGGUCACCCCGGCCUCGACGGCUUCGACCCCGCCCUCUUCUCCCCACUGCACGAGUCCGUCGACGGCGACAGCUACGAGCGAUCGCCAGCGAGCAACUACGAGCCUCAGCGGAGCCCUUGUGCUAGGUCCGGGACGGGGACGGCGAUGGCCGCCUCGCCCGCUGUUGCUGCAGCACCGGGGAAGAAAGCCGGGCCGCGCAAGCUCAAGCUUCUCGGUAACAUCAAGAAGCUGCUGCCAGGCGGCAAGAGAAGCCACUCAUCAAGCCACGUGCACGGGCACGGGCAUGACCACGGCGGCCGCGAUGGCAGGAAGGCGCCGGCUCCGAGGGACGAGUACCUCGAGAAGGCCAUGCAGUGGCUGUCGACCCACGACGUGCUCGACGGCGACCACUCGUACGAGAGCACGCCACUGUCGUCGUGUGAGAGGACGCCGCUGAGCAGCGUGACGACAAACACAACAGUGGACUCACGCGCCCGCCACGGCGGUGGUGGUGGCGGACACAGCGAGCGUGGGGAGACGGCGCGGCCGGAGGCGGAGCCGAUCUUGGCAAGGUCGAAGAGCGACGCCGGCGGAGCAUACGGGCGGGAGGGGAGCAGGUACCACGCGCUCAGACCUGACCACCCGGCCAGCGAGGCGGACGAGCCCGACGGGUUCCGUGCGCCGGAGAAGCGGGAGGGGAGGAGGCGAUCGGAUGAGCUGAGGAGUCCGGCAGUGGCGUAG